AUGCUCAGUGGUCUGGCAGUCGCUACACUGUACGCAACUCUGGUUGCUUCAGCGUUCAACCCCUUGCAUCAUUCGGGACCGGCUUCGCCUUACUUCGACGCGCCGCCGCAAGAUGACAUACCGGUUGAAACCCCUGCAGGCUGCAUCGUGGAUCAGGCAGCAUACAUCGUCCGCCAUGGCUCGCGUUACCCUGAACCUGGGUCAUUCGCGGGAUGGCAGAGUCUGUUCACCACGUUCCAGAACUCGAGUUAUACCGCCAGCGGUCCUUUGGCGUUCAUUCCAUCGUGGACACUACCCGUCGAUGACCAGCCCCACGAACCGCUCUUCCUGAGCUCGACAGGUGCCGGAGAAGCCUUUUCACUUGGUAUGGAGCUCCGUAAACGCUACGGUUUGACUCCAGGAGGAAGCAACAUCACUGUCUGGUCCGCAGGACAACAACGCGUCAUUGACACCGCCAACUACUUCGUUCAGGGAUAUCUAUCGCAGGGCAACUACCUCUCCAAUACCUCAGAAAAUCGUGGCACUAUCAUUUCUCUACCGGACUCGGUGAACUACACGUUCGCCAACUCGCUCACCCCGUCUUCCGCCUGUCCAUCGUACUCGUCUGGGGAUCGGUCUGCGGUCGCGACCACGUUCAGGGCGAAUUAUCAGCCCAGUAUCGCCAAGCGGCUGAACAAGUUCCUGGACGGAUUGACCCUGAACUCGACAAGUAUCGGGCCGAUGCAGGAUCUAUGCGGGUUCCAAACGGAAGUGAAUGGAGAUUCGAGGUUUUGCGACGUGUUUGAAGAGUCUGAAUGGCUCGACUACGAAUACGCUCAUGACCUCAACUACUACUAUGGUUCCGGUCCUGGGAACCCCUUCUCAGCAACGACCGGCUUCCCAUGGGUGAGGGCUGUCACGGACCUCUUCGUCCUCGGCCCCAACAAGACCACGUCAGAUGGCACGUUCACGCCCCCUCCUCUCCUCAUGAGCUUCACGCAUGACAACAACCUCCCACCUAUCAUCUCCGCCCUCGGCCUCUGGAACGCUUCCGACGUUUCACCUCUUUCGCUCGUGAAGCCAAAUCCGGCGCGGCACUUCCGCGCAUCCAAUCUCGUUGCUUUCCGGGGAUACGUCGCGCUCGAGCGCCUGUCGUGUGAACAGCCUCUCGGGAAGAGCGUGCACCACACUGCAAACCAAGUGGUCGUCACUCCGGGCAAGGGAGUGAACGCCAAGAAGUAUGUUCGCGUACGGGUGGACAACGCACCGGUAGCGAUACCGGGGUGCACCUCCGGUCCUGGUUCGAGCUGCUCUCUCGCGUCCUUUGCGAAGUACGUGGAUGAGACUCGGGCCCAUGCCUCCGGGGACUUUGUCAAGAGCUGCGGGCUACAAAGCGUACCAAAUGCGACGAGCGCAUUCACCGCCUUCACGCGGAUACCGGAAGACUCGACUGCUUUCCUCGUACCCCUCCCGGUAUAAUUCGGAUAGGAUAGCCCCGAACCCCUGGCGGUGGCGCGCAAUUGUAUUGGACCUGCGUCUCAAUGUCAUAGUCCCAGUCAUAUCAUGGCCUACGCUGGUAUGGUCGGAUCCCAAAGUAACGCGACUGCGAGCUGAACCCUGCCGUACUCACGCUCGCGGAACCGCGCCUCGGACAACGGGUUCACAGGCGCUCCUGCGCGCUGUAGCUCGUGUCCGAAUACUUCCAUUGAUCCGCGGCUCCGUCGCGAACGGAGAGUCAUGGUCUUCAUGUUCGCGUUUCAACCAGGCCAAUCACCCUGUUCACCCGAUCAUCCUCAAGCACACGUAUAACGCCAAUGAUCGCAAUUCUCAAUCCGACCAACGCGAUGCUC